ACGCGUUACAAACGUUAAUUGAUAACGUAUACAUAGAGUUAGUUAAGAAACUUUCACAAAUCGAUAAAAAUACAAUGACAAUCACGCUCGUCUUACAUCGAAAUCUGAAGAUUGAUAAAGAAAUUGCAAGAAAUGCAGUGAAUAAACUUAAAAAUUUGGAAAUUAUUGACGAAAAUGACAAUUUAAAACUUUCGUCUUAUUAUGAUGUUAGUGAUGAAUGCAUUAAAUUGAAACGUAAAAUAGAUGAAUUCAAUCGACAAGAAAAAGAUCAAAAUGAUGUUGCCCGGUUUAUGAAAUGA